CCUAAGUUCACCUAGACUCCGUCCUUAAUUCUAACAAGUGGUAUCAGAGCGAUAUUAAGGACAUUGAGAGGAGUCUACAGAAGUGUGAAGACCCUUCUAGACCCAUCAUGGCCUGUGGGUGUGCCUAAGUGGUGUUCUAAAGGUUGGAUGUGUCUUCCGCUAAGGGAAACUGUGCCGAAAUUUCGUGGACGCCGAUACUUGUGAAAAUAUCGAGGGAGCUGAGUGUGGACAGCAAAGGGGGGCUGAAAUUCGUCAUUUCUCAAGGAGAAGAUGAAUGAGAGAGGAGGAGAUGCUAAUGGAAGAGGAGCUAUAGCUGAGAAGGCAACAAGAUCAAUGGACACCUGAGUGGCUAAGGCAGCAGAUUCUGCAGGAGGACUUCCGCAGACGCCAUGUGGGAGGCGGUGCUGCCACUAAGACUGCUGAGGGGUAUGGAGUUGCAGGGCGUGGCAGAGGAAGAGGGGGUUGGAGAGGCCGAGGCCGUGGGAGAAGCUUUGGCAGAGGUAGAGGCCGAGGUGACUAUAAUGAGGGGCAUGGGAGCUCCAGUGGCAGGGGGAGUACCAGAAUGGAGGGCACCUGCUGGUACUGCAAGAAGGUUGGGCAUCCUUGGUUCAAGUGCUUCAGCAGGCCGGAGGGAUGGGCACCUCCAGGCAUGAAGCCGCCCAGUGGUGAACGCGCACAAGGUGGCGCUGUGCAAGGCUCAGGUGCACAAGGUGAAGGUGCACAAGAGGAGACCAGCUGCAUCAAGGACCUGUGGCAGCUGCCCAUCAUCCCUUGGAAUGGGAAGACUCCAACAGCAGCAACGGCAGCAGCGGGAAAGGCAACAGCAGGAGGAGAUGCAACUGCACCAACUGAUGGGGUCCUGGAAGCAGUCAAGAAAGUGCAGCAGCAGCAGACACAUGGUGAGAAGUUGGUGAAGGAUGGAAGCCUGAAGGGCUUGGAUGUGAAAGGGGGAGUGAAGGAGAUUGGGAGCUGUCCUACAUGCUUGGAGACCAAGUUCUCCAAGUUCCCCUUCAACAGUGCAACAGGACCAGCCAAGACCCCACUUGCACUUGUGCACAUGGAUGUGGUGGGGCCCACAAGAGCCCCUUCCCUCUCAGGCAGCCGCUAUUUCUUGACAAUUGUGGAUGACCACACUCGGGCAGUGUGGGUUUACCCUUUGAAGAGCAAGGGAGAGGUGGCAGCGGCUGUCCUUAAGGAGUGGAUGCCUAGAGCUCAGAGGGAAUGCGGACACAAGGUGAAGGUGAUCCGCAGUGAUAAUGGUGGGGAGUUCAUUGGAGCUGAUUUUGAGGGGGAGUUGAAGAGGAAGGGGAUUCAGCAUCAACUGACAGUGCCCUACAAUCCGCAGCAGAAUGGCGUGGCUGAGAGGUUCAACAGGACCCUGCAGGAGGGGGCACGCACUCUCCUUGGGCGUGCAGGGCUGCCUGAUCCGUUUUGGGUGUCUGCACUGAGGCAGGUCGCCCUUGUGAAGAAUAGGGUGCUGGCUACAGUUGGGGAUAAGGAGUGGAUCCCAUAUACCAAGUGGUAUGGGAGUGCUCCAGCUGUGAAUAUGGAGAAAAGAGGGAAGCUGGAGGCUUCUGGAAGAUGGGGUGUGCACUUGGGGAUUGCAAAGGAUCACAAGGGAUGGCUGCUAUGGGACUUGACCACCCAGAAGCUGACAGUGUCAAGGGAUGUGAAGUUUCUUGAGUCCCUGUACUACAAGGAAUGGAAGCAGCAGCAACAGAAGCUUCCAUCUACACCACUCAUUGUGGAGGCAGAUGAGUUGCAGCAGCCUUCAAGGCAGGUGGAGGUUGCAGUGUCUGAGGAGGAGAUGUCUGGGGUGACUGAGGAAGGGGGAGCAGCUGAAGUGGAGCAGCAGCAGCAGCAACAUGAGUCUCCACCUCGAGUUCCACACCCGCCUGAGCGACCUAGGAGGGAUGUGCGCCCUCCUGAGAAGGAUGAAAUCCUCAUGCUCUUGGUGUACGUGGAUGAUAUCCUUCUCUUUUCUGCAUCAACUGCUUUGCUGGACAGCGCAGAGCAGAUGCUGGAGAUGCAGUUCAAGUGUUCCAAGAUGGGUGAGGUGAAGUACUACUUGGGGAUGCAUGUGGAGAGAGAUGUGGAGAAGGCUGGAAGCGGCCAAGAGGUUGGUCCGCUAUGUGAGCGCUACGGCAUCAGUGGGAUAGGAGUACAGUGGAGUGAGGCAGCGGUUGCAGAGAGGUGUUGCAGAUGUGAAGAGUGGAGAGAUGCUCUUGAGUUGCUAUACUGACGCUAGCUUCAACUCAGUGAAAGCGGAUGGCACCAGCAUUGGGGGUUAUGUGUGCUUGCUAGGAGGUGGUGCUGUGAGCUGGCGCAGCAAGAAGCAGAAUGAGGUGGGAUUGUCCUCAUGUGAGACUGAGUACAUGGCCUUACACCAUGGGACCAAGGAAG